GCUGCCUGUGAGGGCCGCACAGGGGCCGGUGGCUGCGCUCGUGGGGGCUGUGUGGGCAGGUGCUGCCCCUGGGAAAGGAGGGGGAAGGGGGGCUGUGCCCAGCCCCAUCGCUGUGCUGCUCCCAGGCGGGUUUUUUAAAUGCCAGCCAAAUGUCCAGCAUUUCCUCCCCAGCAGGCAUAUGGGCAGUGAUUCUGUUUUGCUGCAAGGUUCAUACUCUUCCUCGUGCUCCUUUUACUUCUGUAUUUGGCUCACUAUGAAGAAGAAGGCCUCCUCAUUUCAAUGCUUCAGUGUGACCAUGUCUCUUCCUGGUGCGAUCGUUCUCUUCAUGUCUUUUCAUGUCUUCAAGCCAACAUCAGCCCAAUUUAAGGUCAUUGGACCUGAUCAGCCAGUUACUGCCAUUGUGGGGCAGGAAACAGUGUUGCCUUGUCACUUGUCCCUCAACACGUGUGCGGAGAACAUGGAAGUGAGGUGGUUUCAACAUGAGCCUCAGACUUUUGUGCACCUCUACCACAAUGGGAAAGAUCAGUACAGACAGCAGAUGCCAGAAUAUCACGGAAGGACAGAGCUGUUGAAAGAUGGCCUCAUGGAUGGACAUGUUUCCUUGAAGUUUGUCAAUACUAGACCGUCGGAUGAGGGGCCAUAUCACUGCUCUGUUACAGACGGGAUUUCUUAUGCAGAAGCCAUACUGGAACUGAGGGUAGCAGAUCCAUUUUUUCCAAAGGUGAAUCCCUGGAUGGUGGCACUGUGUGUGAUGCUAGUGGUUUUAUUUGGCUUCAUUCUCUUGACUGUAUAUCUCUUCAAGGUUGCAGAGAUGGGUUAGUGAUAGACUUACUGCCCUAACCCGUGCAUUGGAAUUGGGAAAGGACAAAAGGGUGAACAUUUUUACCAACUCACGGUAUGCAUUUGCCACCGUUCAUGCCCAUGGAUUGCUGUGGAAAGAACGUGGGUUCAUUACGGCCUCUGGACAAAGAAUUGCCAAUGGGCCACAAAUUGUAAAGCUCUUGGACACCCUUCAGUUACCAAAAGAGGUGGCCAUACUACACGUAAA